UAUUUCAUACUGACUGCAUACUCUGACACUGGUCUUUUUAAAUACCUUUAUUUCCUGAUCAUUCUUGCUUUGUAUAUUUGUAUUAUAGGUGCCAAUGUGUUGCUGAUUGUGGUUAUCUGUGUGAACAGGAGCUUACAUAAACCUAUGUACCUUUUUCUGUGCAGCCUGUUUGUAAAUGAACUGUAUGGUAGUACAGGGUUGUUUCCAUUCCUUCUGGUUCAGAUCCUCUCUGACAUUCACACUGUCUCUGCUCCGCUCUGCUUCCUGCAGGUUUAUUCUGUGCAUACAUAUGUGUGUGUGGAAUUCAUUAAUUUAGCCGUCAUGUCUUAUGACAGAUAUCUUGCUAUCUGUUAUCCUCUGCAAUAUAACACACAUAUGACGUUUAAAAAGGUUGCAAUGCUUAUAACAAUGACAUGGUUAUUGCCUUUCAUUGCAAUUUGGAUUCUAAUAUCACUGAGUGUGUCUUUGCAGCUGUGUGGGAACAUCAUUAACAACGUUUACUGUAAUAACUACUCCAUUGUUAAGCUGGCCUGCUCUGACACUACAGUCAAUAAUGUGUAUGGACUCAUCUUUACUUUUUUCAUAAUCAUGUUUCCUGUGUCUCUGAUCGUGUACUCGUACAUGAGGAUCCUCAGAGUGUGUUUCUCUGGCUGUAAGCAGAGCAGACAGAAAUCUGUCAGCACCUGCACACCUCACCUCGCUUCCCUCAUCAACUUCUCCUUUGGGGCUUUCUUUGAAGUAUCACAGAGCAGGUUUAAUAUGAGCGGUGUACCCAACAUGUUGAGAAUAUUUUUAUCAUUAUAUACCCUCACUUGUCAGCCUCUCUUCAGCCCUAUGAUGUACGGCCUCAACAUGUCCAAGAUAUACAUCCUGUGUAAAAAUCUGCUGCUAGUUGGGGUUAGGAAUAACCUCUAA